CCCGGCGCGAGCGGCGGCGGCGGCCAUGGAGAGCGGGCCGGGAGCGCGCAUCCGUGAGGGAGACUGCGCCGUGCUCAAGCGGGACGAGGUGUUCAAAGCCGUGUCGGUGCUGCGCCGCAGAAAAAUAAUUUUUGAGAAGCAGUGGUUCUACCUGGAUAAUGCCAUCGGACAUAUUUAUGGAACUACAUUUGAAGUAACCAGUGGUGGAAACCUCCAGCCAAAGCAAGGGUUGGAAGAGACUACCACAGAAACAAAGGAAGCAGGGACAGAUAAUCGUAACAUAGUUGAUGAUGGGAAGUCUCAGAAACUGACUCAUGAUGACAUAAAGGCUUUGAAGGACAAGGGUAUUAAAGGACAGGAAAUAGUUCAACAGUUAAUAGAGAACAGUACAACAUUCAGAGACAAAACAGAAUUUGCUCAAGAUAAAUACAUAAAGAAGAAGAARAAAAAAUAUGAGGCAGUUAUUACAAUUGUGAAACCAUCCACUCGCAUCCUUUCAACCAUGUAUUACGCAAGGGAACCUGGAAAAAUUAACCACCUGAGAUACGACACYUUGGCUCAGAUGUUGACUUUGGGAAACAUCCACGCUGGCAACAAGAUGAUUGUCAUGGAAACGUGCUCGGGCCUGGUGCUGGGAGCUGUGAUGGAGAGAAUGGGGGGCUAUGGAUCCAUCAUUCAGAUGUACCCAGGAGGAGGACCUGUUAGAGCUGCCACCAGCUGUUUUGGAUUUCCCAAAGCUUUCUUUGAUAACCUUCAUGAAUUUCCUCUCAGCAAAGUGCAGAGUCUCCUCUCUGGGACAUUGACGACAGAGACUCUGCCUGCAGACUCUGAGGAUAAUGCACUGAUGGAAGAAGAAAGCAAUGGAUUGGCUGAGGAGAAACAGCCUUCCCUACAGGAAACAGAGGAGGAACCUACUACUGAAACAGCUAUGGAGAUCAAUCCAACAGAAGAGCAAGACACAAUGGACAUUAAUGCUGAAGAUGGAGAAUUUAAAGAGAACAAGGAAAAAGAAAGUAAAGAAAAUGUUCGGGAAAAGCAAAUGAAACAGUGGGAGAGAAGAAAAAAGCUGCUAGAAGCUGCUGCUCUGUUGAGAGAGAAGAAUGCUGAUGGCUUGAUUGUAGCCAGCAAGUUUCAUCCCACACCCUUGUUACUUUCUUUAUUGGAAUUUGUUGCUCCUUCAAGACCUUUUGUUGUCUACUGCCAGUAUAAAGAGCCAUUGUUAGAAUGUUACACCAAACUGAGAGAAAGAGGUGGAGUCAUUAACCUGAAGCUGUCUGAAACCUGGCUAAGGAACUACCAGGUUUUACCCGAUCGAAGCCAUCCAAAGCUGACCAUGAGUGGAGGUGGAGGGUACCUCUUGUCUGGCAUCACUGUCRUCUUGGAUAAGGGCAAACCUGAUUGCAGUAAUUCAGAAGCACYGAAGAUGGAGGAGCCAUCAUCUAAAAGAUGCAAACUUCAAGACCUUCCUUGUUAACAUUUGAAGAAUUGAUUUGUGGUUUAGAUCUCAGGAGUCUUAGUGAAAUAACAAGUUCUUUUGAGUGCUGUUGACAGCACAGGGCUGUGCCUGUUGUGCAUCUGUCAGAAAAAGCAGCAGAACUGCAGGGGAGGGUGCAUUGUCCUGCUUCCUUGUCCUGUAUCCAGUUCACAUCAUCUGGAGGGGAAGGAAAACCCUUGGGAGCAAACAUCCCAAUGAACUCAUAGGAACUUCAAAAAGGAGAGAAGAUGACGCCUCAGUGGAGGCAUUCUGUUUGUUUGUUGCCAAAUCUGAAUAUGAUGUAGUUUUUUAAAAGGUCGAGUCAGAAUCAACGCAUCCAAAUUUGCUUUCCAUACUUCCAGAAAGGCUUCAGAGAAUUCUCCCAAGAAUUCCAUGUGGUGAUCUGCUCCCACUUGGGACACAGAAUUCAGCUGCAUUCAGUAGUUUAAAGAAAUACAAUGAAUAGCACAAAUCAUACACUUCUUUUUUUCCAAAGGAAUAAUAAAAAGAGAAAACUAGUAYUAGACAUGACCCCAUGCUUACAGCAUGAGUCAAUUAUUUUCCUGAAAUAAUAGAGAAGAGCAAGUGCAUGUUCUUAAAUUAAAAUAUUGAAUAUUUAAACAGAAUGUCUCUAUUAGUAUUGUCUGUCAUUUUCCUAAGAGUUGCUGUAUGUUUUUAAGAUAUUCCUAUUUUGAAAACUGCUGUAUGUGUACAUAUAUUUAUUCUACUGUUGGAUCUUUCAGAUGUCUGGCUUUUUUUAUUAAUUUUUUUAACUGCAUUUGCCAUUUCAAUUAAACUACAGGGUGUUUUCCCUAAUGAGAUUCAUCUUCUUUCUCUUAGUUUUCCCUCUUUUUGGAAAGGCUUUAAGAGGACAAUACUCUGUUGGUUUCCCCCCAGUGGCAGCUCAUAGGGCCAGCAGGGCUUGGCUACAUUGAGAACUCCCUCAUUGGUGUCAGGACUGMCUAGGCAGACUCUGGAGCUUUGGGGCCAAGCAAUCAGAUUUGAUAAAGCUGUAAAGGUCAGUAUUUUGAUCAAGUAAUGCUUUUUCAGGGCAUCAUUAGCUCAAAAUGGGUUGUAUUUUGUGUAAAAAGCAGGUAGGAGAGCAGCUACACUACAGCUUCAGGUUUUAUCRACCUCUGCUUUUUGUAAACUUCCCAGUGUUGUUUUUCUGCUUGUGUGGGAAGUUUAUCUUCUCUCUUUUCUUCUCCUACUUCUCCAGUAAAUGGAGAGGAUUCCACCAUCUCUGCAUUCCAGAUGGCUGCUUAUCCAAGAUACUGUGACCAUAAAAACAGUAACAUGGAAAAAGCAGAUUUGCUUAAUAGAUSAGUUUGAGAAAUAAACAGUGUUGGAACACCCGAUGAGUUAAUUYGGAUCAAAGCCAAACUGGCUGCAUUUCACCACCAUUGACAUUGACAUAGUCACUGAAUCCCAGUUUUCAAAUGUGCCAUAAUCCUUGUAAAGUGCAGAGAAAAACAAUA